AUGAACCGACCGCUAGUGAAGGAAUAUCUCGAAAGCUUCUUUAUACGACUUGAGCCUUCACCUCCGUAUACACAAGCAUUAAACGGCGCAGCUGAACGCUCAGGGGGUGUAAUCAAGGAUAAAGGAAGAAGCAUGGCUGCAAGUGGAAAAAUUCCUCACGAUUUGUGGCCAGAAAUCAAUCGCGCUGCAGUCUAUCUUUUCAAUCGCACCCCAAGGUACGAAUCGAACUGGAAAACGCCAUACGAGGUUUUUCACACCUAUCUUGCGCUUCAAAAUGGCAAAGUUUUUGAAGAUAUGAAGCCAAAUCAAGCACAUCUGAGAGUCUACGGUUGCAAGGCCUAUUCGCUUACAACAAAAUAUAUGAAGAAAGAAAAGAGGCUUCAAAGAUAUCACCCCAAGGCCUGGAUAGGCUAUCUAGUUGGAUAUGACUCUACGAAUAUCUUCCGGAUAUGGAACCCGAAACUAGGAGUCGUCGUCAGUGCGCGUGACGUUAUUUUCAACGAAGAUGAAGUUUUUGAUGGAAAUUUGGAUAAGCUUCGCAAUGACCUUGCUACCACUACAAUUGAUGAGAUUGCUGAAUUACUUAAUAGUGUCCAUAUUCAAAAUGAUAAGCUUCAAAGUGCUACGGUUGGAGGACCUUCCUGGACGCAGGAAGACGAGCCCAACUCGUAUAACAAUGAAGAGAGCCUCGAGCCCCGGUUAACCACUGGAGAUGCCCAAAAUGAGGAUAUCAACCUACGGGUUGAAGGAAGAGGACCACCCGGUGCGCCGUCUGCAGCGGAUAUCGACGCCGAAGUCCCCUUCCAAGAUAGAGCUCCCGAAUCAGGUCAGAGCCUAUCUCAUGCUCCCGCUACAGGUUUGAGCCAAAAUGAAGCUCCCGCUACAGGUCAGAGCGUAUAUAGAGCUCCCGAAUCAGGUCAGAGCCUAUCUCCAGCUCCCGCUACAGGUCAGAGCUUAGAGAAGGAUAUUAUUUAUCCAACACCACCGGACUCACCUCCGGCGGUGCUUAUAAGCGCUACGAUACAGAAUCCGGUUAAAGAUGAAUUGAAUAGAAUCAAUUAUCUUGAUUCGGGCUGUAGAGAAGCCGUUGCGUGGGAAGCAGCGUUUACCGCAGGCACCUCUCACAAGAUAUACGGAUCACUUAAUGGAAAGCCCUUCAACCGUUCAUCCUUGAGACGUGCCUUAUGCUCGACAACUGGCUUACAGUCUUUCUUUAUGGGUAAGAGGCCUGCAGCUAGUACGCGUAUAAAGGACGUUCUGGAAAGCGGAAAGGAGCUCAUUAAUUUACACCGGAAUAUGUUACCCGCGCCUCCAAAGGGGCAUGGAGAGUUAAAAACUCAUGAACUUGGAGCACUAUUCUCAGAGGCUGAGAAGGAACACUUACGCAGCCACCAACCCACCAAAUCGUGGUCAAAGGUGCCAUAUUCUUAUGCAAAAGGAAGGCAGGUGCUUGACUGCAUGUGGGUUUACGUUUACAAAUUUGACAAGCAUGGGAGGCUCCUUAAGUGCAAGGCGCGCCUAGUCGUACGUGGGGAUCAACAAGUUGGCCUCAACCAAGGUGAUACGUACGCUGCAACGCUUGCUGCAAGGUCAUUCCGCACCUUUAUGGCUAUCGCCGCUCGCUUCGAUUUGGAAAUGGCUCAAUAUGAUGCCGUGAAUGCCUUCGUUCAUGCCCCGAUUCAAGAAACGGUAUUUAUGAGGAUACCUCCGGGAUAUCGGCAUCUUUACCCAGGAACGAUUUUGAAGCUAAAUAAAGCGCUAUACGGCCUACGGACGUCGCCCUUACAAUGGCAGAGAACGUUGACUGAGUCGUUACAAAAACUAGGCUUCAAAUCCGUGCCUCAUGAGCCGUGCUGCAUGAUAAAGAGUGGGAUAUUGAUUUUCUUUUACGUGGACGAUAUCGUCCUCGCUUAUAAGAAGGAUAAAGAGAAAGAAGCGAGAAGCCUUAUGAAUAAUUUGAAAAAGGAAUACACCAUUACUGGAGGAGAAGAGCUCCAAUGGUUUUUAGGAAUCCGCGUUAUAAGAGACCGCGAGAAGAAGCUCAUAUGGCUAAGUCAAGCUUCAUAUAUUGAUAAGAUUGCAAAGCUUGCUGACACGUUCCCAAUUCAUGAUACACCAAUGGCAAAAGAUGAGCUUCUUCCCUAUACAGGACGAGCAAGUCAUGCUACUAUUCACAGUUAUCAACGCAAAGUCGGAUCUCUAAUGUACGCCGCCGUCAGUACGCGCCUCGAUAUUGCCUUCGCCGUAUCCCGGUUAUCUCGUUUCCUCACAAACCCGUCACCUACACACCACCGAGCCGCAGACCGAGUAUUGUUAUAUCUCCAAAGCUACCGGCACCUUGCUCUUCAACUCGGGGGUGGGGAUGGAUUCGUGGUUGCUAGUGACGCCUCAUUCGCCGAUAAUACCCUCGAUCGCAAGAGCUCUCAGGCGUACGUGAUGACGCUGUAUGGAGGAAUAACAGGGUGGCAAGCGAAUAAACAAAAUACGGUUACAACAUCAACUACAGAGGCAGAAUUGUUAGCGCUAUCUCAGGCAGCAAAAGAAGGCAUGUACGUUAUGCACCUACUGAAGGAAUUGGACGUCAAAUUGGAGACCCCCCGACUGCAUCUCGAAUGCGAUAAUAAGCAGACAAUAAGCCUCAUUGAGAAGGAUAUCGUCACCCUGAAAACGAAGCUUCGCCACGUGGAUAUUCACCACCACUGGCUACGGGAACAAUUCCAGGAAGGACGCGUAGAGCUCACCUACGUGCCUACAAAGAAGAUGAUUGCAAAUGGCCUCACAAAGGCGCUACCGAAAGGAGAAUUUGACGCGUUUUUGGAGCAGAUAAAGAUGACUGAUAUAUCAAGAUAUCUCCACGAGCAAAAGGAGGAUACGCAGGAAGUUGAUAUGGGCACCGUGCUCAAUUGCUUGCAGAUAUGA